ACAUGUUACCAGUUGGUCACACGCAUGAGGAUGUUGACGCCAUGUUUCACAGCAUUGCCGAAGUUUUAAAAGUUGAUGUUAUUACCUUCAAAGAUCUUAUUCAGCAGAUUAAGAAGGUAGGGUUCAUAAAAACCGCUACAAGCAUACAGACCGUAUGGGAUGUGAAAUCUUGGCUGGAGCCAACAAUGGCAGGUUGUCAUAAUUUUAAUGACUGCUUUCACAUCCAAAUUCAUUAUAAUGAAGACGGGAAGAUAGUCUGGAACUAUAAAAAAUGGGCCAAAAGUCAGAAAUGGUUGCCUGACAGUAAUGACAGAACAUCCUAUUUGAAUGACCAAGAUAAGAAUGGCAUUGUCAUAUUCAAGAAUUUGCCACCAGAGGAUACUCCGUCUAUAAAAGAACCAUGUUGGUCGGAAGACUUGAAGAAACAGUUGCAAAACGUAAAAAGUAAACUGCUUGCAAGUGGUCUCUUGUUUGAAGAGGAGCAGGACUGGUGGGAAAAUGUUACCACUGAAAACCUCCAAGAGCCAGUUUUGGAGGUACCAGAAUGCCCAUUAAAGUUUUUGCUACCAUAUGAGGGUAUUGAAGAGGAAUUAGUGAUUCCAGAAGAACUGACAAAUAUAAAACAACGUCAGAAAAGAGUAAACGUUGUUUAUUCCGGAAAGUACGUUCCGCCCAGUAAAAGACUGAUGUUGGAACAGUCUGAGCCGGUUAAUUCUCAUGAUGCGCAAAUACAAAAUGUCAACGAAAUAGAAGGCCGAUUUCCAGUGGUGACCAAGAGUGGAAGAAGAGCAACAAAAUUUGUAGCAUUGCAUGACUAAAGACACAUGACACAUACUGUACAAAUAUUUUUAUUUUGUUUGUUUUUACUAUAACAAACCCAAACUCCUUAUUUAUUGGGUUGUUACAGUUAAGGAUCCGAAUAACAUUGAGAAUGGAAAGGGGACUGUGUCAGAGAGACAACAACCCUACCAUAAAGCAGACAAUAACAAACUACCACUAAUGAGUUUUCAAUGCAUCCAGAUACUCCAGCACCAAGAACGUGCUCCUGCUUUUCCCUAAACAAAAAUGUACACUAGUACACAGUAAUAAAAGACGUCCUAAUAAACUCCGAAAUACACACAAGAAAAUGAAAUAAAAAAUCAUACAAGAGUAAUAAAGGCCGAUGGCUCAUAACUUGGGACAGGCGAAAAAUGCGGCGUAGAUCUCAACCCCCCUAAAAUACAUUUGGCCAAAAGCAUUCAUAUAUUGUUAUAUGUGUAUGUCAUAUUAUAUGUCAGUUAGCACCGGUAAAGAGUUUUUCAAAUGCAAUCAAACCACAUCUUUUUAUCAAUAUACAUAUUGUUUUCACAAUACGCGUAAAUCCUGUUUUUAACAGAUUAAACAAAGACACCAUUUCAAUGAGAUGUUAAUGCACUCUUUUAUCUUCAUGCCCCACCUACGAAAGUAGAGGGGCAGCAUGUUUUCUGGUCUGUGGACUCGUUCGUUCGUUCGUCCUGUCUCAGGUUGGAGUUUUUGGUCAAGGUAGUUUUUUAUGAAGUUGAAUUCCAAUCAACUUGAAACUUAGUACAUCUGUUCCCUAUGAUAUGGUCUGUCUGAUUUUAAUGUCCAAUAAGAGUUUUAACCUCAUUUUCACGGUCCAUUGAACAUUGAAAUUGAUACUGCGAGUCGUGCAUCUGUGAACUUCAGACACAUUCUUGAUUUAAGAAUACAUUGUGUUAUCUAAACACACCAGGCAAACCGGUUAAAGAAAUGAAGAAGAAUCCGAAUUUUUUGUAUCUGCAUGUUAUUAUAUUGAAGUGAUCACAUAUGUUCAAUAUAAAAAUCUUUGCACUACAGAUCAAAAUACCAAUGUAAACAAAAUUUAAGAAAAGAACAGAGGCUAAUGGAAAGUGUAUAUCUAUCAAUGAUACAAAAUCAAGUCAUUAACAUAAGAAAAAGCAAAUAAAUGGUGCCGCAAGUUUCAUUUUAUUUAUUGGCAGUGAAUGUGACACCUAUGCAUCCAACACAGAACCAAACCUUAUCUAAAAUCACUGCCAGUUGAAGGCGGUCCAUAUUGAUCACUGGCUUCACUGAAUUCUUCCUGCACACUAAGAAUUAUGCCAAAACUGUAAAUAAUAGACCAUGGAGUAAUCUCAUAAUUCUUCAUCCAUUUUAUGUCUGUAUGCAGUUGCUAGAAAUGGAUUUUUGGUGGCGGCAUUUUCUUUAUUUUUUUAUGGCCGGAGUGGCCAAAGAAAAACCUCGGAUCUUCGAAAGAAAAACUAAUCCUAGUCAAUUAAGAUAACAGUGGCAACCUCAAUGUCGAGUCUAGUGAUGACAGUAGUAACUACUAAGACGACUCGUCCACCUAUGUCCGUAUGCAUUUAUAUAGACUUGAAAAAUAAAGCUGAAGGUUCUCCAUACAGCGGGAUGGUAUACAGAUCUAAAAAAUAAAAAUAACAAAAAUAUAA